UCCGUCCGUAGAGCUCUCCGUGCACUCGAGGACCGGGACCCAGCGGGAAGUUCUUUUCAAAGCCGUACACGAGGCAUGAGUAUUUUCUUUGUUCACACCUUGGUCUUGGUCCCGACGAUCUUUCCUUGCAGCUGUGAUGAAUGAAUCUUUCAAGUAUUACGCUCGUCACAAGCCAGAAAUUUUCCCGCGAGCUGUGAGGAUCGAUCGGAAAGUCCACCCCGAGCCAUUCAAAGUCUCUUCUUAUCAGAGCUUCGCGGACGACAAGUCAAGGCCCGAAGCUUUUACUCGCAUGAUGUGUGCCGAUGCGAGCAUAUGCUCGGUCGGAGAAGCUUCUGCAAAGUUGACCGAUGCGAAUUAUAGCCGAGGGGAGGAAAGGAAAUUCUUAUUCUUUCUCUGAGGAAAGCAGCAACAAAGAGAACGUCUCUCCCUCUCUCUCUGUCUUUCGUUUAUAUGCCUCAAGCCAGAGAGAAAGAGAGAGAGAGGAGAGAGAGAAGAGGAGCAGUGAUUCGCCACUAUUUCUCUAGCAGCGUAUCAUCAAAGAAGCAUGACUCUCGACCCUGGAGAGAAUGUACGCAGAGUUUUUCUUUCCUUGUUUCGCCCCUGCCUCAAGCAAAGUCUAUGAUAACGACGAUGAUACUCGCGAGCCGAGCGGCAUUUGACUAACUUCCGGGCCACACAAGAGCGCAAAAUCCGAGCGCUCUCCCUUCUCGUCUUUUCUCUCCCAGUGUUCUCUCAUGCUGCAAGUCUUCCAGGCCGGGAGUGUAUGACGACGACGAACAAGCGGCAGCAAAGUCUCUUGAGAGGCGGAGGAGACGAUCGCAAGGCGAGCAGCAACACCACCAUGCCCGGGCGGAGCUCCAGCUUCCACAAGACGGUCACCAAGCUCGUCCUCAAAGGCCUCCAGGAGCUGGCGAGCUUGCGGAGCAGCCGGAGGAGCGGCAGCUACAGCCCACUGAGCGGUGACAAGAGCUCCUACUCAAGAACCGCCGAUGUUCCCAGAGGAUACCUCGCCGUCUACGUUGGCGAGCAGCACCAGGAGAGGUUCAUCGUCCCGACCAAUCACCUCCACCAUCCCAUCUUCAAGGUGCUGCUCAAAAAGUGCGAGGAGAAGUUUGGUUUCUGCCACCAGGGACCGCUGCAAAUCCCCUGCCCGGUCGAUCUCUUCCACCUCCUGCUCUGGCACAUUGAGAACAGCGACGUCGUCCUGGAUUCCUCGCAGGCUCAAGAGCUCGUCGAUCUCUAUGUCGUCAGCCUGGAGAAUCUUUAGCAAAGCAACUAUAUCCUACACGAUAUUCUUGAAAGCACAAUGUAGGCCGCAAACCUCAAGGAUUUCUUUCUUUCUCUUGCA